AUGAACACUCACCAAGGCUGCAGAAAUUCGUCAGCAGACUCGAUGUCGGGGGAUGCAACGAAGUAUAAUCUGCGUUGCAAUCGAAAUAUUAGCGAGAAGAUGACGAAGAAGGAUUUCGUAUACGACAUUCGUCCUCCGAUUCAAUCUUCUAGGAAGUUGGAAGAAGGUAAAUUGCCAAUCGUGUUACCACUACAGCUGCGACGCAAACAAACGGCGGACUCGAAAGUACCGCAAUAUACGGUGAUCUCGGAAAAGAGCGACUACGGCGGUAGCGGUGACGGCACGAAUAUUUCAGAGCAACGACCAUUGGGAUUCGAGUGCAAUUUCUGUCGCGAGCAAAUUGCCACUUUACUGUCGCUGUCGACACACGUCAAGUUUCAUCGUCGAAGAUAUUGCAAGUACUGUUACUGGAUAAUAAUGGAGAACGAAACUAUGAACGACCACAUCGUGAGCGUCCACCGAAUCGACCCAGGUAUCACAACGAUCAUCUAAUACGUGUGUCGGCUUCCUCUUCUAAGAUUGCAGUGCCAUCGAAGCUCUAACUCACCUUUUAGUUAUCCAAAGAUAAAACUGCACGAUAAACAAAGUUGUUUUGUACUUAGAUUUUAAUAAGAUUUAUAAAGGAAAUGCUUGUACAAAUAAAUGUAUGUAAAACGACAUCAAAUAUAUUAAGUACUCUUUAUGGUAUCA